AAAACCCGGAAGUAGUACAAUAUUAUGAUCCACUUGCUUGUGAUGUUGGGCUCAAAGAAGACGACCAAGGCGCCGCCAACAUUUGCAAGCUAGCAAACAUUGCCUUAUCUAGUAACGUCACAUUCGAGCAGCGCUCAAUGCUUAUAACUUUGCCAAAAGGAGAUGGAUGACGAGCUGGAGAACUUCAUCAGGGAGCGGAAGGCCAGAGUGGCUGAGGAUAAAGCCAGUUUAGAACAAGACCCUCCCUACAUGGAAAUAAAGGCAAAACCCCACAGAGGGUAUGAAUCCGCUGUUAAGGAGAACAUCCCUCCCAAGUCCAUCGCACAGGGGAAAGAGGAGAGCUGCGGUGUAGGUCUACCCCUCGGUGUAGAGUAUGAGCGGAAGAAACAGAGGCUGCAGCAUGAGCUCCGUAUGGACUACAGGCGCUACAUGGCUCAGAAAAAACACUUUGACCCUUCCGAGCCUGGACCAUUAAUUCACCUUGAUAACAGGAGGUCUGUCAAGCAGCACCUGCUUGAAGACCAGGCAGGUGCUCUUCCCAAACAGCGACCCCCGUCACGUAGAGAUGCAGCCACUCUAACAGAGGACAGUAGGGGGUUUCACAGGGCUUUGCGCCUCGCUGAGGUUAAGACCCUCUGCCCCGAGGAGGAUGAGGAGCAGUCGUCGGUACUUCCCAGGUAUCGUGACCGCCUGGGGAAACCAGCGGACCAGGAGUCAGAGGAGGAGGGCUUCAAGGAGGAGCUGGAGCUGAUAGAAGGCAGGAGGCGCAGACAUACAGGGGCUGAGGCCAGUUAUGAGAAAAGACGACCCAAUAAGACGGCAGAUGGCAGGGAGAAGAGGGAGAAUCCAGAAAGUGCUGCCAGAGAAGGCAGGAGAUCGAGAGCACUGAACAAAAAUGAGGAUGCUGAGUUUGCCACUGGCCUUAUAAUAGGGGCAGCUGAUACAGAAGAUGUAUUACAGAGGAGGAAGAUGCGCUACAGACAAGAGCUGCAGGAGCAGAUAGCUGAACAGCACAGGAACAAGAAGAGGGAGAAAGAUUUGGAGCUGAAAGUUGCUGCGACGGGGGCAAAUGAUCCUGAGAAACAGCCGGACCGAAUCAGACAAUUUGGACUGUGCAGAAGAGAAGAUCAUCAGGUUUUGGAGCCUUCAGCAACAGGAGAAAGUGAAACAUCGUCCAGACGUCUACCUGAUAAUGCGAAGAUAGGUGUUAGAGGCGGAGAGAUGCUUCCUCCUGAGCAGCCCCAUGUGGCCUUCCAGUCCCCAAUGCUGGAGUACAGCUCUGCCCUGGGGCUGGGGGGAGGAGGCCUGUCUCCCAACAGCCAGCCUGCUGCCCCCUCCUUCCCCAGAGCCAUGGACACUCCCAGAAUCCCCUUGUUCCUUCCUCAUCCUCCUUCAACUCUCAGUGAAGCCUACAGGAGCCCGUAUGGAGAGCCUCAUCAUUACUAUGGCACCAGGAACCUGCUUGACCCAAACAUGGCCUACUAUGGUCACUUGUCUGUUCCUGGUGCUGGCCCUCCCAUGUCCUACUGGAACGUACCACCGGGGGGAGCUGUGCCCAGCCAGUUUGGUAACCACAGCCCUCACAGCCAGCACAGUGGAAGCAGCUUCCCUGAGCCUCCAAUACAGCCUAGCAAUGAGGCUGCUACUGUGGACUCGCAAGUCAGGGUUUUCCCUCCAGAGAGAUCCAGAUCAACCAGGGAGAGGAUUUUGAGCUACAGGGAGGCUUUGAAACAACAGAUCCAGGAGCAACAGGAACGGAGGUGUCUGGAGAGGGAGGAGAUGGAGCGUUACGAGGCCCAGCUGGAGGUCGACAUGAAGAACCACCAGCCCUGGGGUCGAGGUGGAGGAGGAGCCCCACUCAGAGACAGCACUGGAAACCUUAUCGCUGACCUCAACCAGAUGCACAAGCUGAAUGAGGAGGCCUACAGCAACCCGGAGCAGUGGCAGAAGAGAGCCACGGCUGCCAUGACCGCCCGCCGGGCAGAGCUCCCUGACCCCAAUGAGAGGGUCUCUGGUUUCACCCAUGUCCAAACCCCCCAGUUUGCCAGAGGCAAUGUGUUUGCCAACCAGCCCACCCAACAACAGCUCCAUGAGCAGGACAAGUACAAAGCUUACCUUAAACAGCAGAUUGAGGAGAAAAUGCGUAAAAAAACGGAGGAGAGGGAACGGACAAGACUGGAGGAGGAGAAAGAGGAGAAGAGGCUGGUGGAGCAGAGGGCUCGCAUCCAGAGGGAGUAUGAGGAAGAACAAGAGAGGAAGAAACGAAAGGAAAUGGAGCAAAAGGCCAAGAAUGAAGAGCUGAUUCAGCUGGCUGAACAGAAGAAGAAGGAAGUGGAGAGGAAGAAGGCGGAAGCGGAAGAGAAGGAGAACGCAGUACUGAGGAGGCAGUAUGAGAGGGAGAGGCAGGCUCGGGUAGAGGAGGUCCACAGGGAGCCCUCGCCUCCAAUCCCCACUCUGCAGAAGAAACAUGGGCUACACCAGUACACCCCGGCCCCCACUGUUGAUAGCCAGCAUUCUACUGCCCCCCCGUCUGAGCGCUCUUUGUCUGGUCUCCAGUCCCCUCCUGUCCCUGCUUGCAGGAAUCAGCUCCGAGCUGCAGGUGACCAGCACAAUGUGUUCAGUGAGCUGUCAGCGUUGCGUCGGCAGCUUCGCAGUGAACAGAAACGGCUGGAGGGUCGUCUGCAGCAGGGCGACUGGGAGGAAUCAGACUCUCCUCUGAGUGACAGACAUCGGGAGCGUCCCCUGGUGGACGUGUUUGAUAUGGCCAGGCUGCGGCUCCAGGCUCCGGUCCGAAGGCCGAACUCCAGAAACCUGCUGCGAAUCCAUGACUCCCUUAAGCUCAAAUACACAGACGGUGAGUCUAGGCUGGGCUUCAGUGAGGUCCCUAAGCUGGAGGAAGUGGGUGUGGCCAGCAGCAGCAGGAGGCGGGACUACAGGGAUCCAUAUCACCAGCUCAGCAGCCAGAGGUCUACCGUCCAGGAUGACUAUUUUGACCUGUCCCCACCACAGCAAAAUGACUAUCUGAGGAGUGUGAUGGGGGGGUCUGCAAGAGGUUCUCUGCUGGAGUCAGAAAGUGCUUUCAUUGACCCCCUAGGCGAUGCCUUUCCAGUGCCGUGCACCCCCGAGCUUGAGAAGACCCCUCUGCUGUCGGCCAGGGAGAGGAGGAGGCUGGCCAAACAGUCACAGCGUCCCCAGGAUCGUGCUGCUUCCAGCCCGCCCUUUGGCCCACAUGAUGACGACUCUGCCCACACAGGUAACAGACUGCAGCAGGAAGUAGAGCCCAGCGGUGAGGGGAGGAGCCGGGACAGGACAGGUCGACUCAUGGCUCUUAGUCGCCAUGGCAACACAGCCAGGCCACUGGAUCUGUCUGAUGACGACUCCUCCCCUCCCCGGUUUUCUCAUCACAAUCUCAACCAUCAAAGGUCCGUAGAAACCGUCGGCACGGAUCGCUGGAUGCGGCCAGGAACAUCGGACACGCUGAAAUGUUUGGACCGACCAUCAAGAAGGGAGCGGUUGACGAUGUAGUACAGUGUCCAACGAGACUGGGUGGUGCCUUCCUCUUUUGACAGCUCGUCUUAACCCAGACGCCCCUCUGUCUUUGAAUCAAAAAAUUAUGGUUUGUUUUAACUCGUGGAUUUUGUGACGGAUGGAUAUGAACGUCUGAAUAAUGAUAAUUACGGGUAUGUUAAAUCAUUGUUUACAUCAGAGAACCUCAAUAUCUGAUGUAUGUGAGAACUCGCAUGUUCUUGUUUAUGUACAUUUACUAUUUUAUUAAUGACUAAAUUAUGUCUUAAAUAAAUUAUAUUUUAAUUAUA